CAUCUGGGUUGGUAGAAAAAUACUAGCUAAAGGGCGGGCUUAAACCAUCACCUGCGUGGGGGUAGUUCAUUCAAUAAUAUCGAUCAUUAAAAUGCACGAUUGUACAUAAUCACCUGAUAGUUGAUGCAAAGUAAUAAAUUAUUUACAUGUAUAUAAAUGAGUAUGAUGUGAGUAGUGAUGGAAAUGCUUGUAUCGGUGACAUUGAGCGCACGAGCUCAACGGCGCACCCCUGCUCAACAGAUGGUUCGCUCCAUUUAAAGGGCCAGUAGCCACCGACCCCGCGCUUCUGAAGAAAGCAGGACGGUUUUCUCGGGGUUAUGAGAUUUGCGACGCAGUCGGGGCGGUGAGCACCCUGGGUGUGUUUUUUUUUUAUAUUCGCCUGCGUCCUGGUGUUUUUCUUUUACACACGCACACAAAAAGAGGAGAGAGAGACAGAGAGAGAGAGAGAUAGAUAGAUAAAUAUAUACAUAUAUAUCAAAAGAAAGCAAGAAACAGGACCGCAAAAAUCACGGAUUGUGUUGUUUUGAAGAAGAGCUGUGGAUCUAACUGUUGCACUUUGAACACAGACAUGAACUACUGAAACCGCUUCAAAAAGAAAAUCUGUGAAAAGUUUGAGGGAAGGAGCACUGUCUCAUCCCUCCUCUUCAGAAGAAAGCUUUGAAACCAUGAUGCUGUCGUGGCUGCUGACAUAUUUCACUGCAUUUGUCAUCGGGAUGGUUGCACCAUUCCCGAUGACCCCCACAGAGCAACCUCCGGAAACAAGCACCUUCCGGGUGAAGGACACAAGUUUGACGCACUUGACUGUCCACCGCAAGACAGGUGAAGUGUUUGUGGGAGCCGUCAAUCGCAUCUACAAGCUCUCUGAGAACCUGACCGAGCUCCGCUCGCACCAGACUGGUCCGAUAGAGGACAACGCCAAGUGCUACCCUCCACCCAGUGUCCGGGCAUGCGCCCACAAGCUGGAAUUUUCCGAUAACAUCAACAAGCUCCUGCUGAUAGACUAUGCUAGCAACAGGCUGGUAGCCUGUGGCACCAUCUGGCAGGGAGUUUGCCAGUUCCUGCGGCUGGGUGACUUGUUCAAGCUGGGCGAGCCUCACUUGCGCAAAGAGCACUACCUUUCAGGAGCUCGGGAGGCGGAUGGCAUGGCCGGAGUGGUAGUGGGCGAUGAUGACGAUGAUCCAAAGAAGAAGAGAAAGAAGGGAGACGGCCGCUUGUUCAUUGGUGCUGCCAUCGACGGCAAGUCUGAAUACUUUCCAACGUUGUCCAGCCGCAAACUCGUGGAGGAUGAGGAGAGUGCAAGCAUGUUCAGCUUGGUGUACCAGGAUGAGUUUGUCUCGUCCCAGAUCAAGAUCCCAUCAGACACGCUGUCUCUCUAUCCUGCCUUUGACAUCUACUAUGUCUAUGGUUUUGCCAGUCGGACUUACAUCUACUUCCUCACUCUGCAGUUAGACACCCAGCUCACGCAAAUGGACGCCACUGGCGAGAAGUUUUUCACCUCCAAGAUUGUCCGCAUGUGCUCCAAUGACACAGAGUUCUACUCUUACGUCGAGUUCCCGCUCGGCUGCACCAAGGACGGUGUGGAAUACCGCCUGGUCCAGGCUGCGUACAAGCACCGUCCGGGCAAGGCACUCGCUCAGGCUCUGGGGCUGUCCGAGGAUGAGGAUGUGCUCUUUGUGGUGUUCUCGCAAGGCCAGAAGAACCGGGCAAAUCCACCUCGUGAGACCGUGCUGUGCCUGUUCACCCUUCAUCAGAUCAACCUGGCCAUGCGUGAGAGGAUCAAGUCUUGCUACCGUGGAGAGGGAAGGCUUUCUCUGCCUUGGCUGCUCAAUAAGGAGCUUCCCUGCAUCAACACGCCGAAGCAGAUCGGCGAUGACUUUUGCGGCCUGGUCCUGAACCAGCCUCUCGGAGGGCUGCGGGUCAUCGAGGGGACGCCGCUAUACGACGAACGGACGGACGGCAUGGCCUCAGUGGCUGCGUACACCUACGGAGAUCAUACGGUGGUGUUCGUGGGGACGCGAACCGGCCAUCUUAAAAAGAUCCGAGUGGACGGCGUUUCUCCGCCUUCCCAGAACGUGCUGCUGUACGAGACGGUCACGGUGGUGGAGGGGAGCCCGAUCCUGCGCGACAUGGUGUUCAGUCCGGAUUAUCAGUACACCUACUUGCUGAGCGACAAACAGGUGACCCGUCUCCCAGUGGAGAGCUGUUCUCAGUACAGUAGCUGUAAGAGCUGCCUAGGCUCCGGAGAUCCUCACUGUGGCUGGUGUGUCCUUCACAACAAAUGCUCCAGGAAGGAAGCGUGUCAGAAAUGGGAGCUGCCGCAGCACUUCAGCACGGAGCUGAAGCAGUGUGUCGACAUCACCGUCACCCCCGCGAACAUGUCCGUGACCUCGGCCUCCACUCAGCUGAGUGUGAAGGUGGCGCAUGUGCCGAACCUCUCAGCAGGUGUGACAUGUGUGUUUGAGGACCUGAGCGAGAGCCCUGGAGAGGUGCUGCCUAAAGGACAGAUCCUCUGCAUGUCCCCGUCACUGCGAGACAUCCCGACGCUCACACACGGAUACGGUGAUAAACGAGUGGUCCGGCUGUCACUCAAGUCCAAAGAGACCGGGCUGAAAUUCAUCACGACGGAUUUCGUCUUCUAUAACUGCAGCGUCCUGCAAUCGUGUUCCUCGUGUGUCAGCAGCCCUUUUCCCUGCAACUGGUGUAAAUAUCGGCACAUCUGCACCAACAACGUGGCCGAGUGCUCCUUCCAGGAGGGCCGAGUCAGCAGUGUCGAGGGUUGCCCCCAGAUCCUGCACAGCAGCGAUAUCCUGGUUCCAGCGGGUGUCGUUCGACCAAUCACACUGCGAGCUCGAAACCUUCCCCAGCCCCAGUCGGGUCAAAAGAACUACGAAUGUGUGUUCAGCAUCCAGAGCAAAAUCCAGCGCGUCCCAGCCGUGCGAUUCAACAGCUCCUGUAUACAGUGCCAGAACACGUCGUACUGGUAUGAAGGUAAUGAGAUGGGGGACCUGCCUGUGGAUUUCUCCAUCGUCUGGGACGGAGACUUUCCCAUCGACAAACCCUCUGCUCUGAGAGCUCUCCUGUACAAGUGUGAGGCUCAGAGGGACAGCUGCGGUCUGUGUCUGAAGGCAAACAGCAUGUUCGAGUGUGGCUGGUGUUUGGCAGAUAAGCGCUGUCUCCUGAAGCAGCACUGCCCUUCGGCCGAACACAACUGGAUGCACCAGGGCCGCCGCAACGUGCGCUGCAGCCAUCCCCGCAUCGCCAAGAUCCAGCCCUUGACUGGUCCUAAAGAGGGGGGCACGCGGGUGACGAUCGAGGGUGAGAACCUGGGGUUGCAGGUGAGAGAGAUCACACACGUGCGUGUGGCCGGCGUGCGCUGUAACGCUGUGGCGCAGGAAUACAUCAGCGCUGAGAGGAUCGUGUGUGACAUGGAGGAGUCUCUCAUGGCGAGUCCCCCGGGCGGUCCAGUAGAGCUGUGUAUCGGAGACUGCAGUGCUGAUUACCGUACUCAGUCGUCUCAGACGUACGCGUUCGUGACGCCCAGUUUCAGCCGUGUACAGCCGGAUAAAGGGCCCGUGUCAGGAGGAACCAGGCUGACCAUCUCCGGCCGGCAUCUGGACGCAGGAAGCGCCGUCACGGUGUUCCUGGCCCAGGAGACGUGCGUGUUUGUCAGGAGAACGAUGCACGAGAUCGUGUGUGUGACCCCGGCCUCUGCGUUGAGCUCGGGAGCCGUGUCCAUAAAGCUGUUCAUAGAUAAAGCCGAAAUCAACAGCGACCUGCGUUACAUCUACACCGAGGAUCCCAGCAUCCUCAGCAUCGAGCCCAACUGGAGCAUCAUCAACGGCAGCACGGCUCUGACGGUGACUGGAACACACCUGCUCACCAUCCAGGAGCCCAAAGUCAGGGCCAAAUACAGCGGCGUGGAGACCACCAACGUGUGUACGGUGGUAAACGACUCCACUAUGACCUGCCUCGCUCCUCCUAUUGUCUACACAAAGCGACAGGUGCCCGAGAGCGGCCUUCAUCCCGACGAGUUCGGCCUUAUCCUGGACCACGUGUCCUCUCUCCUCAUCCUCAACGGCACUCCUUUUACCUAUUAUCCCAACCCGACCUUUGACCCGCUCGGGAACGCCGGGAUACUGGAGGUCAAGCCUGGAUCUCCUAUAAUCCUUAAGGGUAAAAACCUGAUUCCUCCCGCCCCCGGGAACGCCCGCCUGAAUUACUCCGUGAUGAUUGGAGAAACCCCGUGUCUGCUAACUGUCUCCGAGUCUCAGCUGCUCUGUGAUUCGCCAGACCUUACCGGAGAGCAGCGUGUCCUGAUUUUGGUUGGCGGGUUGGAGUACUCCCCCGGCACCCUCCACAUCUACUCGGACAGCACGCUGACACUUCCCGCUAUCAUCGGGAUCGGAGCGGGCGGCGGCGUCCUCCUCAUAGCCAUCAUCGCCGUCCUCAUCGCCUACAAGAGGAAGACGAGGGACGCGGAUCGCACGCUCAAACGCCUGCAGCUCCAGAUGGACAACCUGGAGUCCCGGGUAGCACUGGAGUGCAAGGAAGCAUUCGCCGAACUGCAGACAGACAUCCAAGAGCUGACCAAUGACAUGGAUGGCGUGAAGAUCCCAUUCUUAGAGUACCGUACCUACACUAUGAGAGUGAUGUUCCCUGGAAUCGAGGAGCACCCGGUUCUAAAGGAGCUUGAUUCUCCAGCUAACGUGGAGAAGGCCUUGCGUCUCUUCAGCCAGCUGCUCCACAACAAGAUGUUCCUGUUGAUGUUCAUCCACACGCUGGAGGCCCAGAGGUCUUUCUCCAUGCGCGACCGAGGCAACGUGGCGUCUCUUCUCAUGGCGGCGCUGCAGGGUAGGAUGGAGUACGCCACCGUGGUGCUCAAGCAGCUUCUGGCCGACCUCAUCGAGAAGAACCUGGAGAACCGUAACCAUCCCAAGCUACUUCUGCGACGAACGGAAUCCGUGGCCGAGAAGAUGCUCACCAACUGGUUCACGUUCCUUCUGCAUCGCUUCCUCAAGGAAUGUGCAGGUGAGCCUCUCUUCAUGCUGUACUGCGCGAUAAAGCAGCAGAUGGAGAAAGGACCGAUCGACGCCAUCACCGGAGAGGCUCGCUACUCGCUCAGCGAGGACAAGCUCAUCCGACAGCAGAUCGACUACAAGCAGCUGACUCUGAUGUGUAUUCCUCCGGAGGGAGACGCCGGCACCGAGGUCCCAGUGAAGGUGCUGAACUGUGACACAGUGACUCAGGUGAAAGAUAAGCUGCUGGAUGCGGUGUAUAAAGGGAUCCCAUACUCUCAGAGACCACAAGCUGAUGACAUGGACCUCGAAUGGAGACAGGGCCGACUCACCAGAAUCAUUCUUCAAGACGAAGACGUCACCACAAAGAUCGAGAGUGACUGGAAGAGACUGAACACACUGGCGCAUUACCAGGUGACAGAUGGCUCAGUGGUGGCUCUGGUUCAGAAGCAAGUGUCUGCGUACAACAUCGCCAACUCAUUCACAUUUACGCGCUCACUCAGUCGAUACGAGAGCUUGCUCAGGACUUCGAGCAGUCCGGACAGCCUGCGCUCUCGGGCACCAAUGAUCACCCCUGACCAGGAGACUGGCACCAAACUGUGGCACCUGGUGAAAAACCAUGAGCACGCAGACCAGCGUGAAGGGGACCGCAGCAGCAAGAUGGUGUCCGAGAUUUACCUCACACGCCUUCUGGCCACGAAGGGCACACUUCAGAAGUUUGUGGAUGACUUGUUCGAGACGGUGUUCAGUACGGCUCACCGUGGCAGCGCCCUCCCUCUGGCCAUCAAGUACAUGUUCGACUUUCUGGAUGAGCAGGCAGACAAGAGACAGAUCAGUGACCCAGAUGUGCGUCACACCUGGAAGAGCAACUGCUUGCCUUUACGGUUCUGGGUGAACGUGAUCAAGAAUCCACAGUUUGUGUUCGAUAUACAUAAGAGCAGUAUCACAGAUGCGUGUUUGUCAGUGGUGGCUCAGACCUUCAUGGACUCGUGCUCAACGUCGGAACACCGUCUAGGCAAAGACUCGCCGUCCAAUAAGUUGCUUUAUGCUAAAGACAUCCCCAAUUACAAGAGCUGGGUGGAGAGGUACUACAGAGACAUCAGCAAGAUGCCGAGUAUCAGCGAUCAAGACAUGGACGCCUAUCUGGUGGAGCAGUCCCGUCUCCAUGGCAGCGAGUUCAACACACUGAGCGCGCUCAAUGAGCUCUAUUUUUACAUCAACAAGUACAAAGAGGAGAUCUUGACGGCACUGGACAGAGACGGGUACUGCCGCAAACACAAACUGAGACACAAACUGGAACAAGCCAUUAACCUGAUGUCUGGCAGUAGCUGAUGGAGCAGGAGGAGAGGAAGAGAAGAGGAAAGAAGAGGAGGGAGGGUGUGAGGGAAUGGAUGAAGAGGGGGUUGGCUGGAAGGCUCUGAGGAACUGACCGGCACUGAAAUGUCCUUAGCUUGUGAUGGGAAGAGGAGAGACUAAACACACUGGACAAUCAACACUCAAGCAACCACAGCACACGGACGCCCAAUAUUUCACUAUUACUCUGGACCAGAACCUGCACAGCCAAACGCCGCCGCUCUCCUCUCCAUGUUCUCUCUCUGUGUCUCACUAUCUGUUAUUCCCAGUCUCAAGUUUUAAUUUUCAUCUUUCCUCUAUUCUCCUUUUGGGUUCUCUCUUUCUAUUUCACCUUCUUUAUCUCUCUCUCUCUCUCUUCCUCUUCCUUUCACUGUCUCAUGCAAAGGCAAACUGCCAAAAAAAAAAAAGAAGAAAAAAAAAAAAAACUUUUGGAAUCGGACAACUGUGGAUCACUAAGAUACAUUCCAAUAAGAAAAGGCGACACGUGCCGUUGCCGUGGAAGCCGUGCUGAAUUGUAAAGCCAGUGCCAUGAAGGGAUGGGGGGGGUGGGGGUGGGGAUUAAGAAACCGAAAGCAAAAUGAUGCAAUUGAAAACAGUGACAUUCGUAAGCUCUGAGAGAGGCCCGGUGGUCUAAGGGAAUCUCUGAAAAUUCAGUCCUCAGUUCUAAAAACGUGAGAACAGUAGGCAUGGAAUACAGGAACCGCAUCCUCGUCUCAAACAAAAUCGCCAUAGAGCAACGAAAAGCGCCUUUUCUCUCGUUCUUUUCCUCGUCUCUCGUGAAUCUGGGGCCAAACGGACCUGAGCAGUGCAAAUCAGCGUCCUUCAGAGCUUGCCUUUCUGUUACGCCCGGACUUAUCCCUGAACCCCGACUCGAACAUGGCCUCAAGCUGGCCGUUUCUGCUCUAAUGGGGUUUCUCCCCUUGAUAUUGUAACCCCCUACCCCUUACCCCAUACCCCUUCCCUCACCCAAUCCUCGGUUCCUUAAAUUUUUUUGUAUUAUACCACUGUGUUACUGUGAGGGUUGGAGUGUUUUAACUCAGAUCUGUGGUCCUUCCCUGAAGGGAAAGGCUUUCGAGUGUUGUACUUUGAUAACAGGCAUCCUGACGUAAUAGAUCCAUCCAUCCAAGAGCAAUAAGUCGAGUUCAAACGGAAGCCAUGAGUCGAAAUUUCAGCGUCCCAUUCCAAACCACGAAAUUCCCGUUGUGAGAACCUUUUCUUUUCUUUCUUUUUCAUCCUGUGUCACCGUUUCUGAAAAUCAAUGGUAUAUCGUGUAACCGUACUAUACACCAAGCACAACAAGGUAAAACUGUCACACUGAUUAUCUCUGAUCAUUUUAGCAGUUUAUUAACUCGACAUUUGAGAUUCAGCUGUAGGUAAUUGCGAGUCUCUGA